GUAUUAGGCAUAAAUGAGAGCUAAACAACACACGCUGCCUCUUUAAAACCAUUCAUCUUCCUGGAACAAAGCAAGAGGCCCUGAUAACCCCUCCCUCCUCUUCCUGGUCUAAGAAACAGUGAGAGGGAGUAAUUGGAAACUGCCUGACGUUCACAGUCACUGAGAAGUGAAAUGGCGCAGGGAGGAACUCAGCUAGACUCGGCAAAGUUUUGCUGUUCCAUCUGUCUGGAUCUACUGCAGGAUCCGGUGACUAUUCCCUGUGGACACAGCUACUGCAUGAGCUGUAUUAAAGCCUGUUGGGAUGGAGAGGAACAAAAGAAAAUCUACAGCUGCCCGCAGUGCAGACAAACCUUCACGCCAAGGCCUGUCCUGGUGAAAAGUACCAUGUUAGCAGAGUUGCUGGAGGAAAUGAAAAAGACAAGACUCCAAGCUGCUCCUCCUGAUCUCUGCUACGCCGGACCUGGAGAUGUGGCCUGUGAUGUCUGCACUACACGAAAGCGGAAAGCCCUCAGGUUUUGUCAGGUGUGUCUGGCCUCUUACUGUGAGCACCACCUCCAGCCUCACUACGAUGCACCUCCAUUAAAGAAACACAAGCUGGUCGAAGCCACCGUCCAGCCUCAGGAGAACAUCUGCUCUCGUCACGGUGAGGUGAUGAAGAUUUUCUGCCGCACUGAUCAGCAGUGUAUCUGUUAUCUCUGCUCCAUGGAUGGACAUAACGGUCACGACACAAUCUCAGCUGCAGCAGAGAGGACUGAGAGGCAGAAAGAGCUGUGGGUGAGUCGCCAAAAAGUCCACAAGAAAAUGCUGGAAACACACAAAAAUUUGAUGUCACUUCAUCAGGAGGUGAAGUCUAUCCUUUUCUCUGCUGAUAAAGCAGUGGAGGACAGUGAGAAGAUCUUCACUGAGCUGAUGCAUUUCAUUUGGAGAAGAAAGGUGGACGUGAAGCUGCAUAUCAGAUCCCAGCAGAAAAAAGAAGUGAGUCAGGGUGUAGCACUUCUGAAGAGGCUAAAGCAGGAGAUCGAUGAGCUGAGGAGGAAAGACGCUGAGCUGGAGCAGCUCUCACACACAGAGGAUCACAUCCAUUUUCUACAGAAUUACCCCUUGCUCUCAUGUCUCAGUGAAUCUACAGACUCACCCAGCAACAACAUCCGUCCUCUGCGCUCUUUUGAGGAUGUACCUGCCGUUAUGUCAAAGGCGAGAGAUAAACUGCAGGCCUCUCUUGAUGAGGAAUGGUCAGAGAUCAUGAGAGUGACUAAAGUGGAUGAUUUAUUGACACAACCAGAGCCCAAGACCAGAGAUGAAUUCUUCCAGCAUUCAUGUCCCAUCACACUGGAUCCAAACACAGCACACACACGUCUGUCAUUAUCUAAGCAGAACAGAAAAGCAACAUUGAGGGAAAAAAAACAGUCAUAUCCCAGUCACCCAGACAGAUUCGUCGAAAUGUGGCAGGUCCUGAGCAAAGAGAGUCUGACUGGACGUUGUUACUGGGAGGUGGAGUGGAGGGGGGAGGGAGUUUUAAUAGCAGUGUCAUAUAAGGACAUUGGCAGAACAGGGACUGAUGAUGCAUGUGGAUUUGGAUGCAAUGACAAGUCCUGGGCAUUAGACUGUUACAUGAAAAGAUAUCAGUUCACUCAUAACAACAUUGUAACUCCCAUACAAGGCCAAGUGUCCUCCAGAGUGGGAGUGUACCUGGAUCACAGAGCAGGUAUUCUGUCCUUCUACAGCGUCUCUGAAACCAUGACUCUCCUCCACAGAGUCCAGACCACAUUCACUCAGCCUCUCUACGCUGGACUUUGGCUUCCAAGAUUUAGUUUUGGUAAUGGAGCCAGUGCUGUGCUGUGUCACUCCAAAUAGAUAGGAGUUGAAAAACUGGACUUGCAUUUUGUAUCCGUCAUUCACUUCUGUAGUGUUCCUGCUCGGCAUUUCACUGUGAUCACCUGUCAAUCAAACAGUGUGGGUGGGACUUUUCUGCUUGGAUUUUCUGCAGGUGGUGGUCUUUGUCUUUGACUCAUGCAAACUAUUCAGUUAUUUUUCAGUAAACACACAAUUAUCCAUAUGAAAACAUUGACUGUUGUUUGUUCAAAAUAUAUAUAUAUUUUUUAUCUGUCUUCAUAAAUACACUGUUAGUGUAGUAUUUUCUAUUUCUUUUCCACUGCAUACCUGAUAAAGGAGCCAGCACUUAAAGUCUUGUUAUCCAUAUUAGAGCUGAACAGUUAUUCAUAUGUUUAUCGUGGUCCCCUGAUGUGGUGGAAAAAAACAAACAAAUUUGGAUGAGAAUGAAUGAAUUUUGUUAAGAAAAUGAACUGUAAAUGUAAUGAUUAUGAGUGUAAUCCAUCGGGAUAAGAGUCAUAUGUACCUUACACCGUUGAUAGUGUCUUUAACAGCCUGAUUGUAUAUAUGAAGAGUAUUUUUGAAUUGAAAGACUGAAAGAACAACCGUCC